GCGUAACAGAUAAGCGGGACGUGACGUCACAGUCUCGCGAGAGGAGAUUCGCGACGUCCGGAUUUGCUGUCCUGCAAGAGUCCAGAAGCGACACAUUACCGGCGGCUCUGCGGGACUUUUAAACAGCGGUCCGCGACUGUGGUCUGAACAAUGGACCGUCCCGGGAAAUGUAACUCUGCUGGAUGGUAAAUAUUUGAUCGCUCCUGCUUCUCUUCUAUUGCAGUCGUGAAUGUUGUAGCUGUUAGAGAGGCAGGUAAUACACAAACAUUUGCUAAUAUGCAGGAUAAAUUGGACAAGUGCAGACCUCGUCCUCGGAGGCCUGACAAGGAGCUGUAUGUGCCGAAAGCUAGACGGGGAAAUGCAACGCAAGAGACAGAACUGGAAUUCGCCCUUGAAAAUACCACCGAGCAAAGCAGUGAUCAUACUUGUGAUGCACAGGGUCAGGCAAAGACUGAGAAAAGAAUUUCCCAUAAGAAAUCUAUAGGCCGCCAUGCACGAGGAGAAGGCAAAGCAACCCCUGGAUCAAGGGUCACUGGGCCACAAGUCAAGGAUGGGAAACUUUCAAGGACCCCUAUAGCACAGAAACACAGGGAUGGAAAUAAAAGGAAUCAGGUGGCGCAAAGAACUGAAGGCGAGGCUGCUGCUUUGUUAUGCGAAUCAGUUAACAUGAUAGGAAUUAAUGAGGCAAAGGAGGCAUUGUUACUGGGCUCCGAUAAUAGUCUCGUGGCUACAUCUCCUGUUGAUUCUAUUACAACUAGUCAGAACUCUGCUCUGUCAAAGCAAGAUGAACAGGUUGUGGCCCAGAGCAAUUCCGACUGUCACAGACUUCCAGAACAGCUUGAGAACACAAAACCAGGCUUAGCAGAGAGUGAUGGGGAACAAAAUAGCUCCAGAAGGGAAGAUCACAUCAAGGAGUGGUGUCAGUCUAGCAAGUUAGAUGUGCAUAGUGCAGCCAAGACAGAGUUAAAGGAGAAUGUGGCUCGGAGCUUAUGCAGGUUAUUGCACAGUGAGGAGCAGGUAAUAAAAACAGGAUCGGUGUCUGCGGCUGACAGUGAAAUGUCAGACUUGGUGGCCAGUUUCCCAUCCGGCAGUUUUGAUCAUGUAACACACAAUCCCAGCAAUACCACUGAUUGCUUGGGGGAUGGAUCCCAUUGCGAUUUAUAUAGUGCUGUAGUCAUCUCUGCCACUGAUAUUAAUAUCUGUACAGAGAAAGCCGAGCAGCUUGCAAUUUGUUCUGAUGAAGCAACAAUAAAUGGAUCUGGGGCAUUAUGCGAAAAACAAGAAAAUAAUAUUAACGUGAAAUCGGAUUUGAUACCAAGUGUAGUAGAGAAUGAAUGGAAGGAUGGGGGCAUUGUCCCUGUUAGCAAUCCCAGUAGCACUGACUCAGAUGGAAAUGCCACAGAUUUGAAGGGGUGUGAAAGCAGCGGGGAUAAAAUGCCUGACAUCCCUUCCUCCCAAAUUGCUGUAGUCUUUAACGAUCCAGAGUCACGCAAUUCUGCACCUAUGGGUGGGGGCGAGGGAAGUUCAGCCAGUGAAAGUGGAGAAGAGAGGAGCACAGACAAACCAUGUACUAAUUCAGGGCUACCGUUGGCUUGCUCAGGGGCACACAAUACAUUGGCUGGGACUGAUGUAACAGGUUCAUUCAGCAGCACUAACAAGCUUCAUAAAAAGGACUCCAGUAGAAGCAAUAAUGUGACUUCUUCAGGGGCUUCGUUGGAAAAUCAAGACCUGGCUGAGUGUGCUGAUGUUGAUGAGAGCUGGGAUUCUCUUUUUAAUGAUGACGGGGAAUGUCUCGAACCUCAUCUUCUGGAAGAGCUGACAAAUAGGGGUGAAAAGGUUCUUCAAGAGCCAAGAUAUAACUAUUAUGACUAUGAAGCUAAAGAACCAGAGUUGGGAGACUUAGAACUGGCCCAUGUGAUCGAGAUUUAUGAAUUUCCGUCUGAAUUUAAGACUGAGGAUUUAAUUCGAGCAUUUGCCAGCUACCAAAAGAAAGGAUUUGAUAUCAAAUGGGUGGAUGAUACUCAUGCCCUUGGUUUAUUCUCUAGUCCUAUAUCAGCUCGUGAUGCACUCAGUAGCAAAAAUCCAAUGGUUAAAGUUCGACCCCUGUCACAAGCCACGAGGGCCUCUAAAGCCAAAGCAAGGGCAUGCUCUGAGUUUCUGCAGCCUGCUAAAGAGCGUCCAGAAACGUCUGCGGUUCUUGCAAGGAGACUCGUGAUUGGUGCCCUGGGAGUGCGCAGCACACAGACCAAAGCUGAACGGGAGGCAGAACGUAAAAAGCUAAAAGAAGCAAAAGGAGAUACUGUAGCCAGGGAGGAGAAAUCGUGUGCUGCAGGAUGGAUCGUUGCCGUUUCUGAAGAGGAGCACAAGCGGAGUUUCCAGAGAAGGCAUUUAGAAGCUAAGCAGCGUGAGGAUGCCUGGGAAGGCAGGUGAUGACUCCGAUGUUUGAACACAGCGAGGAGAAUGACAUGCAUCUAUAACAGAAGACCUCUGAAGAAGAAUAAAAGAUUCUAGCCUGGAACACAUGCGCUGAGUGACCCAUUCAUAGAGCCUUUGUUUGGCAGAGAAAGAAUAAAGAGACUCGCACAGCAGAAAUAGUAGGGAGAAGUGCGAGAGAUUUGCAGUGGUCACUGAGUGAUCCGUUUACUGCAUUUGAUCUACCUGCCUCAUACACAGGGCAACAAUGGCCGCUAACUUGCACUCUAAAUGGGCCCAUCAUGUUAUCAAUGCAGCUCCUUCCUGAUAAGCCUGUGUAUAUCUUUAUUGUCAUCUAAUCUUUCGCUUGGGUGCCAGAGAUAACUUAAAUUCUAAAGGCGCGUUCUUGCGGCAGCAUCCUCAAGCCCCAGGAAAAUCCACAGACUGGAAAAUACUGAGUAACCCCUGCUAAACAUUGUGAUGUGCCAGAGCUUGUAGUUAACAGAACGUUUGUGGUAGAAUAGAACAUUUACUACUUCUAUGGCAGAGUGCUUAUUUUACUGUGAUCACUUGGCUUUGCAAAAAAAAAUAUAUUUUUAGUUCAAUCAACUUAUAAUAAUAAGUAAUAAUAAUAAUAAGAAUAAGUUCUACAUUUACGGCAGGGAUGCACCGAAACCACUAUUUGGGAUUCAGCCGAAUCCUUUGUGAAAGAUUUGGCCGAAUCUGAAUUUGCAUAUGCAAAUGAGGGUCAGGAAGGAGACAAAGUGGGAAAAAAUGUUUUACUUCCUUAUUUUGUGUGUGAAGUUGUGAUUUCCCUCCACGCCCCUAAUUUGCAUAUGUAAAUUCGGUUCGGCCAGACACAAGGAUUCAGCCGAAUCCAGAUCUUGCUUAAAAAGGCUGAAUCCUGGAUUCUGUGCAGCCCUAAUUUAAGGUGAGAACUAUAUCUUUUUUUUUUUUGAAAAGGUUGAAUCUGUGCUGUUUCUCCAUUUGGGUUGCCACCUGUCCGGUUUUGACCUGGACAGCCCGUUUUUUUGAAGGGCUUUUCGAGUCAACACUGCCUGCCCGGUUUUUCAAAUUAGGAAAACCAGGCAGAAUUUCUUGAUGGACGCGGCAAUCUACCAAUCGCCACAUCAUAGCCCAGCCCCUGAUGUCACAGUCCCUGCCCCAUCACUUCAUGGCCCCGCCCCAUCACGUCAUGGUCUGCCCCUGCUUUGUCACUGACCCCACCGGAGUUAGUCGGGAGGAAAGGUGGAAACCCUAUUCUCCAUCCAGAUAAAAGUUAAACGGGAUAUAUUUUUAACAGAUUAUAUAUUGUCACUUACUCGGAGGAAAGGUUAAAUCCGUAGUGGGUGAAAAUGUUAAGCACACUUACCUGUAUUCUAGGUUGGUGGUCCUGUUGUGCACUGGCCUGAGUGAUCAUCCUCUUCUGCUUCCUUGCUCUAAAAUGGCCGCAUGCUUGAACAGUAGAGUAAAAAGGCCGGCAUUUUGUUAAAGUUCAGCUUUUAGCCGAACUGUAAUAUCUCAGGCCAGUGCAGGUUUUUUUUGCUAACAGGAGCAAUCCGAGUAUCAGAUAAAUGAUUAUAAUCCCUGGGAGGUGCCUAACUCUGACUUGGUUAGAAGCUUCAAGAGCUAAUAAAGAAUAAAUGUUGAUUAACCCAUUCUUAACACUUUCUCAUUUCAGCUCUGUCGUCAAAUUAUCCAUAAAUCUUUCUGUAUUUUUCUAUAUAUAAAGCAAAGCCUCCUUAAAGAAAAUAUACCCUGUCAAGUAGAGAAUACCCAACAUAUUUUAAUUAAGAGUUAAAUACUACCUGAUCAUAGAAUGGAAAAUGUGUUUAGUGUUUACUGGAUUUUUUUUCUCCCUGUGCACAGUCCCGAGCUUGUAGCUUUACUAGAUGCACUAAUUCCUUUCUUCAGUGUAUGCAGUUAUACAUAUGAAUGGGACCUGCCAUGUGUUUUGCUCAGUUGAAGAGUCCUCCAACAACAUCAUCUAAAUCAAAUGGGAAUAAAUAAAAGGUGCUAAUAAAGAAGAAUGUCUUGGCACAAACAAAUGGCAGCUUCUGCUUAUAAAUGCAAAUAUGCAAAAAAAAUAAAUAAAUUUGAAUACACUCUAUUAGGCUUGGUUUAUAUCAUUGAUGGACAAUUAGCUGCCCUUCUGAACUUUGCUACGUUACAACUCAAAGCUCUUAAGACAGGCUUAAGCUAUUGGUGCUUUGCUAGGGUUUUCUUUUACCAAUAAUAUCUAAAGAGCCAUUGAUUCCCCUGCUUGUUAGGGUAGAACUCCACAAGCGUUUUCGCCGCAAUCCGACAAGCUGUGACUUGUUACAUGCAACAAAAAUAAGGUAAGUAAUAGAGUUGUCAACGCUGCGACGACAUGCGACAAUUCUAUUACCUUGUUUUUGUCGCAUGCG